AUGGACAAGGCUGCUGCUCCCGUCUCCCCACCGCGACAGGAUCGAGUGAUCCAUGUCAUUUCGGGCAGUUCGGAAAUCAGCGGCGUAAGCCAUGCACCCGCAAAGAAAAGCACCUGGAACGCCAAGAACGGCCUAGAGGAAACUAAGCCAAAACGCGUGCUCCUAGGAACAGAUGAGAUAAGCUUCACUGCCAAGGAGCAGGAGAAAGUCCUCACUCCUCAUCACGACGCCCUGGUUAUCUCGCUCACUGUAGUGAACUGCCUGGUAAAAAGGAUACUGGUAGGUAAUGGAAGCUCCAGCAACUUCAUCUUCCAGGCAGAAUACAAAGACCUGGGGCUGGAGGAAGACGCUCUAACUCGGAGGAUAACCCCGCUUAUAGGGUUCAGCGGGGAAGUCAAACAAACCGCUGGGGAAAUAACCCUCCCCGUAUACGCCGAAAGAGUCAACAUGUCAAUCAAGUUCCUCGUGGUUGAUUGCGAUUCAUCUUAUAACAUGAUAUUAGGACGGCCCUGGAUCCACGGAAUGGGGGCCGUCCCCUCAACUCUUCACCAAAUGGUGAAGUUCCCUACACCCUGGGGCAUAAAAGCGAUCAGAGGGGAUCAAGAAUAUUCUCGCUCUUGCUAUCAGACCAUUUUGUAG